UCAACAAGAACGAAGCGAACCUGUCAACGACGAUCGCUGCGGGAAAAAAUUAUUAGGUGCAAAGAUUUUUUUUUUUUUAUCAAGGAGAACAUCAACACCAACAACAAAAAGGGGGAGGAUGAGAAUGUUUUUGAAAUUCUCUUAAUAAGAUUGGUUAAGUAAAGUACUCUUAAUUGAUUUAGGUGUUGAAAAAGUUGUACAAUUAAGGACUUACAUUUAUUUUAAGAUUAUAACAGCGUUUCAGUAUCUAUUUGUAGGGUAAUCAACUGGGUUUUUAGCAUUUGAUUUAAUAUAAUCAACGGGACUUCAUUACAUAACCUUUACAUUUGAUGCCAAUUUUUAUUUUUCACGACAAACCUACCGGUAUGUAAAUGUAUCAAAAGGCAACCACUGCAGGCUUUUUUUCUAAACAUUUAAUGUAUUAAGCAUCACUUCUCAUCGUAGGCGUAUUGUUGUCUUGAAUAAAUUCUCAUCACUGGGACUCAUGUUAUGUAAGCAAAUAUCACGGAGGCCAGCAACUGACAUGCUGCGCAGAGAAAUACGUAUGAGACGCUAUCGACAGUGGCUCUUGCUUAGCACUGAGCUUCAAGACCCAGGGGAUCCUCUCUCUAAGUACACUAAUGAAGAAUUUGAGGACAUAUAUAGAUUCUCCAAAGAGUCCUUUUGUCAUUUGUUAAACAUGAUUCAAGGAGACCUUGAACGUUCAGACAACCGUGGUAGGCCACUGCCAGCUGUCUAUCAACUUUUAAUUGCCCUUCACUUCUACUGCAGUGGCUCUUACCAGAAAGUUGUUGGGGAUCAACAUGGUUUACAGGUCAGUCAGCCAACAGUAUGCAGGACCAUCCACAGAGUUUCAGAAGCCCUGGCUAAACGCUAUAGUCAGUUUGUGAGGUUUCCAUCUCUGCAAGAAGCUGCUGAUAUUCAUUCCAAAUUUUAUGAAGUUGCACAGUUUCCUAAUGUUAUUGGAGCCAUCGACUGCGUUCACAUGCGAAUCUCAAAUCCAGGAGGAGCAAUGGCAGAACAGUGCAAAAAUAGCAAAGGCUGGUACUCUGUUAAUUGCCAGGUUGUAGCUGGUCCAGAUCUUAGAAUUCUUAGGGCAAUUGUUCGCUGGGGAGGAAGUGUACCAGAUUGGCAGAUAUACGAGAACUCUCGGUUAAAAGAAGUCAUGGAGCAAGGGGAAUAUGGACAUUUGGUUGGCGAUUCUGCUUAUCAGUGUCAGAGAUACCUCCUAACACCUGUGGUCAACCCAACGACACAUGCAGAGAAGUGUUACAAUAGAGCACACUCUGCCACUAGAAGGAAGGUGAAGCAUGUCAUUGGAAUAGUGAAGAGACGCUUUCCUUGCACAAGCCAGGAGCUCAGAUCAAAUCCCAAAACAUCAUGUGCAAUCAUAUUAAGUUGCUUUGCAUUGCAUAAUUUUGCUCUGGAACGCCAGGGUCCUCUUGAUGACUCUGAAGCAUCGUACGCUCCUGAUGAUGGUCCUCAGGACAGAUACACAGGAGAUUAUGACCCAGAGGGAGAAUCCUACCGGCAACACAUCAUUUAUGAGUGGUUCAGCCAUGAUCCUUCAGGAAUUAACUAUCAUCAAGAUGAAGCCAACUGUGGGAACCAACCUUGGCACUAAGGUUGCACAAAAAAUAUUUCUAUUUUGUGAAUACUACUCGAUAGAAUCUCUUCUUUUCUCUCUGUAAAAUGAAACUGAUAUGAAGGCUUUAACAAUUUAUAAAAUUAAAAAAGAAAAACAAAAGGUAAGCUACAGAGUAGCAUCAGAAUUAAUGAAUACAGGACCUGUGAUAUGAAUUGACUGUAAUAUAAAGAAAAAAGUGAGGCACUAUUAAUUUAGAACAUGAUGAGAAAGUCUUGUGUAUUUUUGGAUAUAGUUCUGUGAUUUCUUUUUGUGUGAUGUUCUUCGAUUUCUUUUUGUGUGGUGCAGAAGAACAUCCCAUUCAUUUUAUUUUAUUAAUAUUCUUUUUACUUAUAUAUUUUCACAUAUGCUUUUAGAGCAGGAGCCCAGGGGGGUCAACCUAUGUGGAGUUCAUACCAAUUUUCAUGCAUAUGUUAUUAUUGCAUAUACCUUAAGAAUAUCAGAAAUGGGCAUCUGGCAGUGUAUGGC